AUGGAGGGUUCAAUCUUACAGCGUUCCAUGCCGAAGAGUGUGGUCAGAGCUCCUGCGGUCCCUGCCAGGAGUGAAAAGAGAGCUUCCAAGUUGCUCAAGGAGUUGAUGAUGGAUCUUGAGAAUAUGGAAGUGCCAAAGGAGAAGGAGAUGGACAAGAAGUCGGUGGUAGAGGAUGAUCCUCAUGAGUUGUAUCUGUCGAGUGAGGAGGAGGGUUCCCUUUCAGACGAUUAUGCCGAUUCAUUACUCGAUUUCGAACCAUUGGAGGAUGGAGAGGUUACAGAGGAAAGGGCACAAUCGUCAAGAGCUUCGAGUAGGAAAUCACAAGAGGUUACGGCGAGGGUUAUAUCAUUUACAUUGGUACGGCCGCAGAUUAUCGAAAUUCAUCUGCCACAGCGACCUUCCUCUGCCGUCGAACUACAGUCGUCGAGAACUGGAUCUAUAUCCUCAGCUCGAUCUGCCUCUCCUUCCAGACCACAACCACGCCGGCCUUCACCAUUAAAGCUUUACCCAAGCUCCCUCCGUCGAUUAUCGGUCUCCUCAACGACUGCACUCUCCCAAACCUCUUCCUCUACAUCUACAACCUCAGCACCAAUCCGUAAAACCUCACGAAUGGCAGAUCUCGCCCAGCUUGUCACAAACUCUCUUCACCAAACCCACUCCCAUCAAUCAACAUCUUCCCACCAAUCCACCUCCUCCCACGCCUUCCUCUCCCAAGACCCCUUUCCUUCCGCCGAACCCUCUCCAGCAGAGCGUCCUACAACCCCAACCACACCCACACGUCUCGCAGCCGAAGCCUUCAAAAAAGGUCUCUCCCGCUCUCUCUCCCGCCGCAAACCCUCCAUGCAAAAACUCAACGCCGCAUUCUCCUCCCGUAACUCCUCCGCCCUGAAUCUCUCCAGCCCAGAAACAGCAGAUGCCUCCCCAGUAAAACAAUCACGGAGGAAAUCUCUCGCCUUCCCUUCACAACCCUUACCUGAAGAGGAAGUCCCAGAGACACCACUGAGGUCAGCUAUAUCACCACAAUCUUCACCUGCGAAAUCACGGAUGAGCGUUUUUGGCGGCUUGGGCAGACGGAAGAGCAUGAGAGUCGUCUAA